CCCUCUGUCACCUCACAGUCGGCGUUGCCGGGGCGCGUGCGGCCCCGUGCGGCUGAGCAGCCCGCGCAGCGCAGCGCCGGCCCGAGUCUCCCAGCCCCCGACGCCGCAGGGCCUCUGCCCACCGCCCCGGUCGGUGCGGCACGAAAACGGAGAAGACGACGCCGCCGCCGCCGCACUCGCCGCCGCUACCCUUGGGGUCGCAGCCGGCGUCGAUGGAGCCGACGAACCUGUACCCGGUGAAGCUGUACGUGUACGACCUGUCCAAGGGCCUGGCCCGGCGCCUGAGCCCCAUCAUGCUGGGGAAACAGCUGGAAGGCAUCUGGCACACCUCCAUAGUUGUUCACAAGGAUGAAUUCUUCUUCGGCAGUGGAGGCAUUUCCAGCUGUCCCCCUGGAGGGACACUGCUUGGGCCCCCUGACUCAGUAGUAGAAGUAGGAAGCACUGAAGUUACCGAAGAAAUCUUCCUGGAAUACCUGUCCUCCCUGGGGGAGUCCCUGUUCCGAGGCGAGGCCUACAAUCUCUUUGAACACAACUGUAACACAUUCAGCAAUGAAGUGGCCCAAUUUCUGACUGGAAAGAAGAUUCCCUCUUACAUCACGGACCUUCCGUCUGAAGUCCUCUCCACGCCCUUCGGACAGGCCCUGCGGCCCCUCCUGGACUCCAUCCAGAUCCAGCCCCCUGGUGGGAACACCUUUGGCAGACCCAACAGCCAGAGCUAACGGGCCUAGGAGGGAGUGCCUCGCCGUCGUCGACUCUCCAGGGCUUUUCCUUUUUAAAAAAACAAACCCUACCAGAUUUCUAUUUUAUAAUUUUACAUCAGAGCUAACAACCAGGGGACGGCUUUUUAAAUUUCCCAGGGAAGGAGAUCAUCGGGCUGCAUGUAGGACAAUGCUGCUAAAAACCAGAACCAAUGCCAUCCCUUCUAACAGUAUUAUACUAAUUUAUUAAGGCUGUCUUGUCUGUGAGUUCACUUUUGACGCUGUAUGCUAAGCGUCCCCCAUUCCGCAGAAGGGGGAGGCUGCGGAACCAGAAGAAGGCGGGGGCCCUUUGGGGCAGACCGGGCCUCCAGGCCCAGGGAGAGAUUGCCCAGCUAGAGCCCCAGGCCCGGGGGGCUCCUUGUGGGGGGAGGCAGGUGAGUGGUGGGGUGUGGCCACAGGAGCAGGAGUCAAGGCUGACUACAUAGCAAACUCAGGAAGGAAGGAAGGAGACCCUUGCCUCAGCUCAUCGCCCUUCGGUAGACCCCUGCCGGCUUUGUGCUUAGCGUGGGCCAAGGCUGUCGGGAGUGCAAACCGUGGUUCCUUGAUGAAUACAGCCUUGACUACCACCCCCAGUAGCCAUACCUGGGCAGCAGAAGGGAGAGUGCUCCCCGGCUCCAGGCGUCCAAAGGAGAGAUGGCGCAGGAUCUAGGUGGCGAGGGAGGUUAGCACGGUGUGUCUGAGAUGAUGCUCCCACUGCCCCAGGAGCAUUUUGCAGACCCACUGGGGAGGUUUUUCCCCAUCAGAACUUGGCUGCAGGAAUAGCAGAGCCACCUUUUGACUGCCUGGCAGAUGGUCCUGUUCUCCGGGAGGCUUUGCUCUUCCCCCCUUCUGAGCCUCACAGGCUGUAAAUACAAGCCCCAGCUCCCCUCUGACCACGCUACAGCCCAGAACUUUAAGCCCCUGAUCUCUGCCUCCACUCCCCUCAUGGCCCCCACCAGCCCAAAUGAUUCAUAUUCUCCGUAGCUCAUUGAGAGGAAGCAAAAAAGAUUCUGGCCUGCCUCAGGCGUUCUGUAUGUGACCAACAGUGGCUGGGGACAGCCAGGCUGAGAUCCCAGGAUGUGUCGAUUGAGCAAGAACAGCCCCGUUCUCACCCAUGGGCCUGAUACUGGAGGGGGUUGGGGGAGGGGGCAAGGCAGGAGCAGCAGCACAUCCUGGGCCUGGCCCUGGCUUUUUCCCUGCCAGCCUGGGUGGCAGCAGAGCCAGCCUCUGGAGCUGCUGCAGCAGCUCAGCAGUCAUGGGAUCAGGCCUCCCCACUAGGCUGCUUUUGUUCUCCGGGCCGCUCUCCACCUCUUUUGUUCCAUCCAGAGGCAGGAACGUAACAUUCCCAGUGCUUGGAAGCACUGAACAAGUCUCGGCUCUCCGUAGGGAGGGAGACUGGGGUGGGGGGGGGGGGGGGAACAAUCAUCCUGGGCUGGGUCCAAGUCACGGUCAUCCCCUGGUGGGCUGAGGGAGCACUCGGGAAUGGGCAAGAAAAGCAAAUUAGUAGCUAGGGAGCUAGCGCAGACACAACUGCCUCAUGCAGAAGAAGCCCUCUGUUAGGAAGGUGAGGGUGGAGGUUGGCUUGAAAAUUAUUUUUUUCCAAUCGAGCAUUUCUGAUCUUCCCUCUCAUCCCCCUCCCCUGAAAGAGAGAAAAAAAGCCCCUUUAACAGUUAAGCAUUGUUGCACAAAACAAACCCCUGCAUUGUCCGUGGCCAAACGUACGUGUCUCAUCCUCUGUCCGAGUGGCAGCUUAAUUUCAUGCACCUUCGUGGAUAACUAAGUGAUCGUUGACUUCUCAAAGCUCAGGCACUGGGUCAGCGCUCUUGGCCUCCCCUCCCCCCAGACAAAUGUCUCUAUUGACUCCAGACUCCUCAGGACUGUGCCCUCUGGGACUUGCCUAGGGGCCCACGAGGGCCCCCAGGCCUCAGGAAGGGGGCAAGCCCUUGGGCCGGGCACCUCUCCCUUCCUGAAACGAAGCCUGUACUCUGCCAUAUCCCUUUUCCCCUCAAGUAAGCCAAGUGAGUAACUGUAUCUGGGAUGGAGGUGUUUGCUAGCUGAUCUGUUUCUAUAAUGCAAUAAACUUGGGUCCACCACCCACUCA